GCUUUUUCUAUCCGACGACGACGACAACUUUCCACCUCAUGCUGCAAAGGUUCCGGUUGACAAAGCAACCAAUUUUCCGGGACUGAAUAUUAAUCAUCGUGAAAAGCCAAGGGAGGGAACAUUGGGGCUGGACGGCCGUACAGUAAGGCUUAAUCGUCGGACACCCGACGACAACAUUAACUUCACUCAGAGGCUGAAAGGCGCAGCCCACUCUCAACAGUUUGAGAUCCUUUACGGACGCACAGGCUGCGCCGCGUACGUUGCUUCUGCUUGGUCCAGUGACCCUGAUUGGAGUUCUAUAUUUAAAGUCGUCCCGUCUGUUAUAAAAGUCAAACUUCAUCCUAUCCUGCGAUCUCUUUUGCCGAAGUCCACUUGCACAAGGAAGCAAUUUUGCUUCCAGCUAUCAGCACUUUUUGGGCAGUCUCUUGAAAGAGGUAGUCUCUGUAUAACUGUCACAUCCAUCAUGCCGUCCAGAACGGAAGACACACCUCCUCCGAGUAUUCCGAUCCCUCUAAAGCCAUUAGCACAAUUCAAACGUCUCUCGCCCACUGUCUGGCUCUACACACCACCCAACUAUUCAACUACAUCACAAACCUCCUCUCUUGCACCAACAACCAUCCUCCUCUGUUCCUGGAUGAACGCCGUCCCAAAACACACCGCCUACUACGCAACCACCUAUAUGACCUUGUACCCCCACGCCCGAAUAAUCCUCGUAACAAUCAACACCGUGCAAUUCCUCUGCCACCCGGAAAGCAAACGCCGCGCCGACAUCAAAGCGGCCGUCACCGCCCUCCUCGCCGCAGACCAAUCCACGGAUCGCCUGCUUAUCCACGCCCUGAGUAACGGAGGCAACCGCCGCGUCUAUAACAUCUCCAGCGUCUACCGCUCUCUCACGGGAAAUCCCCUCCCCGCAAAAGUAUGGAUUGUCGACUCCGCUGGCGGGGUCCCACAGUUCAGGAGAGACAUCCAUGCGCUCCAAGUCCCGGCGAGGCAGUUCAGCUGGUUUGUGUGGAUUCCGUACAUGGCGUUUGCGUACACUAUUGUGAGCGUGGUCUACGUGACUGUGAACUGGAUGCCGGAGUGGUUCUGGUACGAGCUGGUUUGGGGUCCGUACAAGGGGAAUAAUGAUCCGAGACUGGUAGAUGGGAAGUGUGUGAAGGGGUAUGUGUAUAGUAAGGAGGAUGAGGCGAUGGAUUGGAGGGAUACGGAGAGGCAUGCUAGGGUGGCGGAGGAGAAGGGGUAUAGGGUUGUGAUGAAGUUAAUCGAGGGCGCGGGCCAUGUGCAGAUGUUUAGGGGGAAGGGGGGAGAGAAGGAUUAUUGGGGUUUUAUCGAGAAGAUUUGGGGGUUGGGGGUUGGGUUUAAGUGAUGCUGAGUCCAAGUGGAAUGAAGCCAGUUACAAGCUUCUAGAUCUUAAAGUGGCUGAUUUGAUUGGAAUUGCUUUCAACUAUCAGGAGAUUGCAGUAUAAUUUCUUGCUUCUUCAUUCUUCCCGGAACCGUCAAGCCGCCUUCCCAGUGGAAAGAACAGCCACGUUCAGCCCCAGGAAUCAAAUUGAAGAGGCAAUAAGACCAAGGAGUUCUCCUUCAAGAUCACGCUAUAUACAGAGCAAGAAAUUAAACAUAUAUCUGCAUUCACCACC